AAAGUGGUGAAUUCCCUGUUUGAGAAAAGGCGUAAGAAUUUUGGUAUUGGACAGGACAUCCAGCCCAAAAGAGACCUCACCUACUUUGUGAAAUGACCCGCUAUGUCAGGUUGCAGCAGCAGAGAGCCAUCCUCUAUAAGCAGCUGAAAGUGCCUCCUGCGAUUAACCAGUUCACCCAGGCUCUGAACUGCCAAACAGUUACUCAACUGCUUAAGCUGGCCCACAAAUACAGACCAGAGACAAAGCAAGAGAAGAAGCAGAGGCUGUUGGCCCAGGCUGAGAAGAAAGCUGCUGGCAAAGGGGGCGUCCCCACUAAGAGACCACCUGCCCUUCGAGCAGGAGUUAACACCAUCACCACCUUGGUGGAGAACAAGAAAGCUCAGCUGGUGGUGAUUGCACACGAUGUGGAUUCCAUCGAGCUGGUUGUCUUCUUGCCUGCCCUGUGUUGUAAAAUGGGAGUCCCUUACUGCAUUAUCAAGGGGAAGGCAAGACUGGGCCGUCUAGUCCACAGGAAGACCUGCACCACUGUCGCCUUCACACAGGUGAACUUGGAAGACAAAGGCGCUUUGGCUAAGCUGGUGGAAGCUAUCAGGACCAAUGACAAUGACAGAUACGAUGAGAUCUGCUGUCACUGGGGAGGCAAUAUCUUGGGUCCCAAGUCUGUGGCUUGCAUUGCCAAGCUCGAAAAGGCAAAGGCUAAAGAACUUGCCACUAAACUGGGUUAAAUGUACACUGUUGAGUUUUCUGUACAUAAAAAUAAUGAAAAUAAUACAAAUUUUCCUUAAAAAAAACAGCUAGCUGAAGAAAUAGAGUAAAACUUCACAUAAGCACCCACUGCUCUGUGAGAUAUGUGAAGAUAUUGCAUUCAUAUUAUAAAACAGGACAGGAUGCCUCAAAAAGGAAUUAUCAGGGAAAGAGAAAAUUAAAACUAUGAUUAUCCAAAUUUGAAAAUUAGUAAAAGAGUUAAGAAAUAUUUCAGAAAGGACAAGUAGAUAAAGAACAGUAAAUAUGAGAGAAAAGAUAAAAGAUGUGGUGGAGCCAUCCAUCUAAAAUCUUGCUAAUAGGAGUUCCAAAAAGAGAACAGAAAAUAAAGAGGAUGACAUGAUCAAGAAAUAAUACAGGCGGAGGUCUGGGUGCAGUGGCUCACACCUGUAAUCCCAACACUUUGGGAGGCUGAGGUGGGCAGAUCAUGAGGUCAGGAGUUCGAGACCAGCCUGGCCAAUGUGGUGAAACCUUGUCCCUACUAAAAAUACAAAAAUUAGCUGGGCAUGGUGGUGGGCACCUGUAAAGCCCAGCUACUAGGGAGGCUGAGGCAGGAGAAUCAUUUGAACCUGGUAGGCUCCACCAAGGCGGAGCUGAGAUCGCGCUAUUGCAUUCCAGCCUGGGCAACAGGGCAAGACUCCAUCUCAAAAAAAAGAAGUACGACCGGGCGCGGUGGCUCAUGCCUGUAAUCCCAGCACUUUGGGAGGCCGAGGUGGGUGGAUCACAAGGUCAGGAGUUCGAGACCAGCCUGGCCAAGAUGGUGAAACCCCGUCUCUACUAAAAAUAAAAAAAAAAUUAGCCGGGCGUGGUGGCAGGCGCCUGUAGUCCCAGCUACUCGGGAGGCUGAGGCAGGAGAAUUCCUUGAACCUGGGAGGCGGAGGUUGCAGUGAGCCGAGAUUGUGCCACUGCACUCUAGCCUGGGCGACACAGCAAGGCUCCAUCUCAAAAAAAAAAAAAAAGAAAAAGAAGUAAUACAGGCUGGGUGCAGUAGUUCAUGCCUAUAAUGCUAGUAGGGCCAAGAAGUUCAAGACCAGCCUGAGCAAUAUAGUGGGAUGCCACCUCUACAAAAAUUUUUUUUAGAUUAUGCAGGCAUGAUGGCACACUCCUGUAGUCUUAGCUACUCGGGAGGCUGAGGCAGGAGGAUUGCUUGAGCCCUGGAGGUCAAGACUGCAGUGAGCUGUGAUUGCACCACUGCAUUCCAGCGUGAGUGACAGAGUGAGAACCUG